UCUCUGGUCUGAAUGAUCUUCCAGCCCCGGAGGCACUGUGCGGGAAGACUCACCACCAAAGCGAAGCAGUCCUUGGUCUCCGUAGCUGGCCACAUGCAGGGGAUUUCCAGCCUUCUGCUCCCCAUCCUCCUGGCAGAAGUGUGGCCAGCGCCCAGCUUGGCCCUCAGCCCCCAUCUGCCAGAGGACCCGGCAGGUCUGGAGGCUGUGGAGUUCCAGGCUUCUCGGAACCAGACCUGGGGGGCGUGGCAGGCUCCCCUCGGUGACCACGAAGCUGGCGAGGAGGCCUGGCUGAGGGCCGGCCUGCAGCAACUCUCCAAAGCAACCACAGACUUCGGGUUGGGCCUGCUGCGCAAGCUGUCCCUGAGGCACGACGGCAAUGUGAUCUUCUCGCCAUUCGGAGUGGCAGUGGCCCUGGCCAGCCUGAUGCUGGGGGCCCAAGGGGAGACCCGAGCCCAGGUGGAGAGAGGGCUCUGCCUGCAGGCCCUCAGCCAGAUGGAGCCCCUCACCCUGCCCACUCUCUUUAAGAGGCUCCGGGAGACCCUGUCCAGGAACAAGGAGCUGAGCCUCCACCAAGGCAGCCUGGCCUUCAUUCACAAGGAUUUCGAGGUCAGAGAGACCUUCCUCAAUUUAUCCAAGGCGUACUUCGAUACCGAGUGUGUGCCUACAGAUUUCCGAAAUGCAUCCCAGGCCAGGGGACUGAUGAACCAUCACGUCAACAAACAGACCCAUGGGAAAGUUCCCGAGCUCUUUGACCAGAUUAAGCCUGAAACAAAAUUAAUUCUGGUGGAUUACAUCUUAUUCAAAGGGAAGUGGCUGGCCCCAUUCGAUCCUGCCUUCACCGAAAAUGAUGCUUUCCACCUGGACAAGUACACGUCAAUUCAGGUGCCCAUGAUGUACCAGGCGGGCGAGUUUGCCUCCACUUUUGAUAAGAAUUUUCGCUGUCACGUGCUCAAGCUGCCCUACCGAGGUAACGCCUCCAUGCUGGUCAUCCUCAUGGAGAAAACAGGGGACCAUCUGGCGCUGGAGGACUACCUCAGCUCAGACCUGGUGGAGAUGUGGCUCCAGAACAUGAAAACCAGGAAAAUGGAGGUUUUCUUUCCCAAGUUCAAGCUGGACCAGAAGUAUGAGAUGCAUGAGCUGCUUAAGCAGAUGGGAGUCAGAAGAAUCUUUUCGUCCUCAGCUGACCUCGGUGAACUCUCAGCGACAGCCAGAAAUCUUCAAGUGUCCAAGGUCUUACAGCAAUCAGUGAUUGAGGUGGAUGAGAAAGGCACAGAGGCAGUGGCAGGAACGCUGUCAGAAAUCAUGGCAUAUUCCAUGCCGCCCAUCAUCAAGGUGGACCGGCCAUUUCACUUCAUGAUCUAUGAGGAGAACUCCAGGAUGCUCCUGUUUCUGGGCAGGGUGGUGAACCCGACUCUCCUUUAACUCAGAUGUGCGCUCUUGAGCUCUCAGUGGGGGGGGGGGGUGCUGAACCCUGCAAGGCAGGUGUUGGCACUGGGUUGUGGAGGGAGAACUUGUGGCCAUGUCCAGCUCAUUUGGGCUAUCUUCAGAGUAACACAAGCAUUUUAUUGAUGUGUAUUUGUAGAUAUUUGUGCAGUCUGUUCAGCAACUUUAGCUUGUUCCUAGGAGCCUUCAUUAACUGAAGCCUAGCUGGGGAGAAUCUCUGCCUUUCUCUGCUGUGCAUAUACCUGGACUACAAGAACUGCAGGUCAGAAUAUUUCAGGAUAAAGCCUUUGGGGGAGAUGUGAACAUUCUCCCCAAGUCAUGCUCCCCCACCUUGGUGCAACUAAGGGUUCACAUUCAGUCUAGAAUUACAUCUUGUGUUUUACUUCAGUCUAUUAUGGAAUUACAUCUUGCUGAUCAGGACUGGGAGAAAAUUGCUAUAAUUAGUCCUGAUUAAAGUCUCAGGCUCAAUGAUGCACAUUCGCCAUGGUGCAUCCAGUCACUCAGUAUAGGGGAGGAAUAUUUUAAAUAUGGAUAAAGAAACCUAUUGGAAUUGUUACUGAAAGGGGGAUGGGAGGCAGAAGGAAAGGGCAUUUGGUAGGAAGGAUGGGUUUGAUCAAGGAACAUUGUAAGCAUAUAUGCAACCAACACUGGAAUUUCGGUGCACAACUAUUAUAUGCUAAUAAAAAUGGUUCCCUGUUGUGGUUAAACAGACCAAGCAGGAUUUUGUCUAAGAUGAAAGGGAAAGUUUAAGAUGAAAGGGAAAUAGUGUCAUGCCCCUCCUGUCCCCCUUGCUAGGCAUUCUUAGGAGCUAGUCAUCUUCUGUCCCAGAAACAAGAGUAUUUAGGAGAUAAUCCAUAGAUUCUUGGAUAAAGGUACCUACGCAACUGUAUUGGCUAAAUGCCUAACUGCAUUUUUGUCUGUUGCUAUCUAAAUGUAUAAACAAACCUAACCUAAAGUUUUGGUGCAGGGUGAUGGACCAGACAUUCCUGUGACUCAGAUAUAUAUAAGCUCUCAGUGCAGGAGGUGCUGGACACUGCAAGGCAGGUGUUGGCACUGGGCUGGAGAGGAAGAGUUCGCCCUGUGUCCAGCUAACACUGUGUCCAGAUUAACACAACAUUAAAUGAGUGUAUUAAAUUUCUGCUGUAAGUGGAGAUCUAUGGGUCACCAAUUUAUUUUUCAUUUCCUAUUUAUCUGUCCUUAUGAGUAUAAUUUUAACAACUACUUUAAACAUUUUACAAGUUACCAUGUUUGUGAAAAAAAUCUGAAAGUAAUUUUGAUUAACUGUGGUCACUGAAAAUUUAAUACUUAAGCAAUUGGCUGUCCUAUACUGUUGAACUUUGUAAUUCAUAGUGAUUAUUCUCUAUCAAAUCACUCUACC